UCUAAAGCAAAACGUCACAGAGCUUCCACCGAGCCCCGCAGGUCUUCGCUUGUAAUUCCGCCUUCCUCUUGUUUUGCGUCACAUCCGUGCGCCGGAAAAGCACCGAGAGAGGCAGGAUGAUUCCCCCGGUGGAGGUCUCCCCGUUGAUCAAGUUCACCAGGUACUCGGCAUUGCUACUUGGAAUGAUCUAUGGAAAGGCAAGAUAUGAUUACUUGAAACCUAUUGCUGCAGAGGAAAGAAGAAUAGAAGAGCAAGAGAAGAAAAAGCGUGAAGAAUUGGAGCGCAUCGCAAAAGCACUGGCAGAAGCUAAUGAAGAUACAAUACUGAAAUAAAUCUAACUUGAUCAUCCAUUUCAACUUUGUCUGGAACUUCUGAAGAAGAUAAUCUGUGGUCUUCACCAAACCAUUUGUUUCAAUAAACUCUUUGUGAACUAGACCUUUCAGAUUUCUUGUGUAAAGUGCAAAUUUACAUGUAUGCCCCAUAAGACUGCCAGCCAAAUAAGACCACCAUUUAGAAAAAUGAAGUUAGUCUUGCCUUGUAUUUAUUCAUAAAAACUAAAAAAAAUACCCUGUAGCACUUGGAGUGGGAACAAGGGGUCAAUGGUAGUAGCGCUAGCCAAAAGCUGCUCUGCUUAAGCAUUCAUAAUUAGAUGAAAUGUAAUAAAAUGUUACUUUAAUCCACUUUUACAAUAAAGUUAUAUACAAUU